CCACACGCACCCACUCAACUGACGAUCGACGCACUUCUCCAUUCCGUCCCAUCACGAUUCUUACAGCACUCGACGCCUGCAUGAAGUCUCCGGCGUGCCUCCUCUUUCCUUCCCCCUUCCUCUGUUACUACCUUGCCUUCUGCUGCCUCGCCGUCUCCGCUCUCCCCCAACGCGAGCUCAUCGCCCUCCGAUACCUCCGCGCCUCGCUCGCCAUCAGCAACUCCUCCUGGCCCACCAAGCGCAACCCCUGCGUCUACUGGACCGGCGUCCAGUGCGAGAAGAACGACACUGUCGUCUCGCUCAACCUCACCGCCGUCGGCCGGAGACCGACACCGCGGUCCAGAGCACUCGACGCCGACAUCUUUCGCCGGCUAAGGAACCUCUCCUCCUUCGACGCCUCCGGCUUCCCGUACCCCCUUCCCAUCCCCGCCGCCUUCGGCGAGGCAGUUUCCCUCUCCAAUCUCUCUCUCGCCCGGACGGGCGUCUCAGGUGGCAUUCCCGCGGCUUUGUCCCGUCUCAGCCUGCUCACCUUCCUCGACCUUUCCGGAAACUCCAUCAACGGAACGAUCCCGGCUGGGCUCAACCAGCUCGGGAAGCUCCAAACUCUGAGAUUGUCCAACAACAGUCUCUCCGGUGCUGUCCCAGCGGAGCUCGGCGGCCUCUCCUCCCUCGUCUCCCUCGAUCUCAGCUACAACUCGCUCUCCGGCGAGGUGCCAGAGGAUCUCUUCUCGGAGCUUUCAUCUCUGAGUUCCAUCAAAUUGGACCACAACAACUUCUCUUCUGGAUUCCCUCUUUCUAUCUUGAAGCUGACGAAGUUGACACUCCUAGACGUCUCUAACAAUAAGCUCACCGGCAUGCUUAAAGUUGACCACGCCGUCGUCGUCGGCGGCGAGACGAUUAAUGUCCAUGGAAGCGUCUUUAACCUGUCUCAUAAUCUAUUGUACGGAUCGAUCUCUUUGGAAUUCCAAAGAGUACUUGUUCAAAGAUUCAGCAGGGUGGAUCUCUCGAGCAAUUACUUCGACGGAAGCGAAUCCAUGAGCUUUUUCAAUACUUCGUUGAAUUGCUUUAGUAGUGCGGCGAAGCAGAGGCCGUCGGUUGAGUGCGGUGACUUCUACAAUCAAAGGGGCCUCGCCGUCUAUUCAACGAUUGCAUCUCCCAGCAAAAGGACUUGGCGUCUGUGGCAUUUGCUGGUGGCCAUAUUUUGUAGCUCGGCCGUCACCGUUGGUAUUGUUCUGCUCUGCAUCAGUAGACGGAGAGCUCUUUCGAAGACUGCCGCCGUCAGCAACGGCAGCCUUCCUCCGCCUUCCAUAGAAGCAGCACCGCCGGAGUCUUCCCUUGAAAUUCCCAGUCACGGUUUCAGCUACGAUCAGCUGUUGAAGGCCACGUCAAAUUUCAACGCCGCAAAUCUCAUCAAGAACGGCCACGCCGGUGACCUCUACCGCGGCGUGCUGGAAGACGGAACAGAGGUGGUGGUGAAGAGAUUCGACCUGGAAUUCGCGCAACGAGAAUCGUAUUCGGCCGAACUGAACUUGUUCAACUCAGUUUCCGGCGCCGCCCUAUUGGUGCCCUUCCUCGGGAGCUGCUCGGAGAAGGAAAACGAGAAGCUUCUGGUCUACAAAUACAUGAAGAACGGCGAUCUCACUACUUCUCUGCACAAGAAAGUUGUGAUCGAGGGAGAUUAUUUGCAGUCACUAGACUGGAUAACGAGGUUAAAGAUCGCGAUCGGCGUCGCAAAGGCUCUCUGUUAUCUCCAUCACGAAAGCAGUCCCCCGAUGGUUCAUCGAGAUCUUGAAGCCAGCAGCAUCCUGCUUGAUGAUAAAUACGAGGUCCGAUUGGGGAGUCUCAGCGAAGUGUGCGCGCAGCAAUUCGACGUCCAUCAGAGCGUCUUGGCGAAAUUCCUGAGACCAUCGCUGGGUACCAGUCGAGGCUUAUCGGGCUCUUCCACGGCGACGUGUGCCUACGACAUAUACUGCAUGGGGAAGGUGCUCCUCGAGAUCAUCACGGGGCGGCCGGGGAUCAGCGGCUCCAACAACGCCGCCACGAACCGUUGGCUGGAGGAGACGGUAGCGUGCAUCAGCAUCAUGGAGAAGGAGGCGAUGGAGAAGAUCGUGGACCCGCUGUUGGUGGUGGACGACGACCACAUGGAGGAGGUGUGGGCGGUGGCGGUGGUGGCCAAGGCGUGCCUCGACCCGCGGCCGGCCAAGCGCCCGCAAGCGAGGCACGUGCUGAAGGCGUUGGAGAGCCCGUUGAAGGUCGUCAGGGAAGUGAACCUGCCGAGCAUUUCUUCUUCGUGGAGUUCCUGGCAGAGCGUGUUGAUCGGCGGGUGGCUGCACAGCGUCUCCAGCCCCUGCCCCGCAUCCGUCCGGCCGGUGGAGGACACGGUGCAGAAUCCCAGGUCCCGCGGGAGCGCCGAAGUGGACACGGAUAAAGUGUGAAGCGAUAUUUUUGUACUUUAAACGGGGUUUAUAUGAAUGAAUUCCAUGUGACAAUGGCAAGGUCAGCUUCGUUAGUCGCUGAUCGCCGGCGCCGGUGAUUGACUCCCGGUCGCUGAGUGGCAAUGACGAUCAGUGGCAGUGAGCGUACGUAUAGUUAUUAAGUAUGCGGAAUGAUUUAGAACUGGAUUCGAUUAAUAUUGAUUUCCUGUUAUUAAAAAUUUGUAUAUUUUGAAUUUAUAUAAACCAUUCGACUGGAUUGUUCAACAGAAA